AUGGCCAUGCCAUCACAGUCACCGCUCCACGAGGGCUACAGCAACAUUCCUUUCCCCCAUGACGCAUCACAGCUAAGCCGCGGUUACGGCAUGUCGGCAGAAUCGCGACCGACCUCUUACAUUGCGAAUUCGAUUGUUCCCUCUGAUUUCGCAGUCGCACAGGAGACGCACCCAACACAGUCGGCCUACCCGUCACGUUUCAAUGAAGAGAUUGACAUGUCCCAGCGAGGCAGCCCUAUAAUGAUGGACGGCGCAGGUGGGGUAAAUAAUCUGCAAAGAAGCGAAUCGCAAAUGUCACAUAACAGCAUUGCGCCGUCCAGAAGCGGCACGUUGAAGAAAAAGGCAUCCCUAAGUCGGAAGGGUAGCUUGAAGCGGAGCAGCAGCAGGCGAAGUCUUCGCGCCGGCAGUGUAAGGAGUCUCAACCUCGGAGAGAGGGAAAAGUAUGGCAGCGACGACCCUAAUAGUGCCUUCUACGUGCCAAUCCCAACGACUGGUAGCCCGACGGACGAGCUCGCAAAUCGCUUCCAAGCCUGGCGGAAGGUACUCAAAGACCUUAUCGUAUUUUUCAAGGAUAUACAGAAAUCAUAUGAAACGAGAGCAAAGUUGCUCCUCUCGGCGGGUAAUAUCAUGAACAACACAUCCCUACCACCAACCUUCCUCAACUCCGGUGGGCUAGGCGAUGCGACGGAAAUCCUACGCGACUAUCACAAGCAAGGUCUCAUUGAAGCCAACAAGGCCAAGGAAGUCGAAAGCGAGGUGAUUCUCCAAUUGACCGGUCUAAGAAGCGAUCUCCAGCAGAAAACCAAAGAAAUCAAAAGUCUGUCCGCAGAUUUCAAAAACAGUGUCGACAAGGAAGUUGAGAAUACGCGAAAGGCAGUCCGAAAUCUACAGGAGAGCCUAGGUCUCGUUGAUGUUGAUCCGUCUGCGACCUCUGGCAGGCAUGAUCCAUUUAUCCUGAGAUUGCAGGUGGAUAGGCAAGUCGACAAACAAAUCGAGGAGGAAAACUAUCUUCACAGAGCAUACUUGAAUCUGGAGAACUCCGGUCGUGAACUCGAGGCAAUUGUCGUCGGCGAGAUACAGAAAGCUUAUAAUGCCUACGCUAGUAUCCUGAAGCGCGAGGCAGACGUUGCCCUGGAUGCCGUAGAGAAGCUUCGAGCAGGCCCUAUAUCUAUGCCCAAAGAUCAUGAAUGGAACAACUUCAUUGCAGAAAGCGAACAUCUUGUUGACCCUAGAAUACCUAUUCGCAGCGUUGAGAAUAUCUCUUAUCCCGGCAAGGAUCACCCAGCUGCAGCUGAAAUUCGAUCUGGCAUGCUCGAGCGCAAGAGCAAAUACCUCAAGAGCUAUACCCCCGGAUGGUAUGUACUAUCACCGACACACUUGCACGAAUUCAAAUCCGCCGAUCGCGUCGCUUUCCAGACACCGGUCAUGUCUCUCUACCUUCCGGAACAAAAACUGGGCUCUCAUUCGCAGCCAGAUUCUUCAUCGCACAAAUUCAUGCUCAAAGGAAGACAAACGGGUGCCAUGCAUCGUGGACACGCCUGGGUAUUCCGGGCUGAGUCUCAUGAAACGAUGAUGGCUUGGUUUGAGGAUAUUGCAAAUUUGAGUGAGAAAACCGGCGAGGCUCGAAAUGCAUUUGUCAGGAAUCACGUUCGAAGUUUAAGUGGGAAUAGCAUUCGACCAAGCUCUAUUAGUAGUGAUGGGGUUAUGGAUGAAGACGAAGCCGAUCAGACUCCUUAUUCGAGCCAGUCUGCUGUCCUUCGAAGGGCCUCUUCAGUGAAGAAGGAGUCGCCUGCACAGCGCCCUCAACCAGGUGGGCGUUUCCCAAGUGAUGUACAGAUCGACCGACACUUACAGGCAACCAUGUCACUUUCUAGUGGAGAGAGCUCUGGUGUCCGAGAAGCUAUAGCCGAUGCCGGGGCCCUGCCGGGGUCUGGCGUUCCAUUCUCGACGAGCCAACAACAAACCGAGGAAUUGAAUCACUCCGCACUUCCCUCACAUGGUCAAUUGGUUUAUCGACCAGCAGACGGGGCGAAUCGUGAAGUCUACGGAACAUGGACAGGAACUACCGCCGAUCAUUAUCCCGAACACGUACAAGGUCGUAAUCUCGAUCAGGAGCAGGUUUAUCAUCAACAACCCGUCACAUCUCCUUCGCAAGCUCCUAUUGUCGUCGCUAGCGAGAUGAUCACUGAUAGGAACGAAGAAGUUCCUAAUGCCAACGCAGCUGAAGCGCCGGCGAAUGGUACCUUAUAUGCCGCUGGCAAUGCAGAUGUUCCGUCACUAAACAGGCAAGAGUCUCAAAAGUCGCGACAAACUCAUUCCACCUACUCACUGAUGGCUUCGACCCCAACCUCCGAGGCCACUUCCCCUCUUUCUGACAAUGCCAACAAUGUAGCAUCGAAGCGUCCUGAUCCCCAGUCAAAGGAGAGCUCCUCGACGCUUGACGUGCUCAAAAUGCCAGGACGAUAUCCUCGUCAAACAACAAAUUAAAGCAUUGAGUAUCUUCGUACAUACAUUUUCUCUUUUAUACCCGAUCUUUCCAUCCGUUUCAUACUUACCUCGCGACGUGUGCCGAGUACUGCUCACUCGUUCACCCCCACGCGAUACAAUUCUGUCAAGCUUACAACCACAAUCGCUUGAGUAUUUUUCUGCGAUCCGGUCGUCACUCUUACCAGUGCCACUUACCACACUCUAGUACUCUUUGUCUUUCUUCGCUUGUUUUGGAAAUCAUGACCCUAACUGAUAUUUACACCAUGAUACCUCGUCUUAUGACCUCUUGAUUUGGCCUUCUAUGUUUUUCUUUAUAUAUGGCAAUAUCGCUUUCGACAGUACAACUUCAUUCUUUGCCCACCUUUAUUGUUCCUUCUCUGAGUGAGGGGAGAAGGAUUUUGUACAUAGCAGUCAUUACAAGUCGUUGAAUAUAUAGUUUGAUGUUCGUCGUC